GCUGUUUUUGUAUGGAGGAGCAGCCAUCUUUGGACUUCAGCUCAGAGAAGUGAAAAGUUGUCUAUGAGAAAUUCUUUUUCCCUGGCCACAGGAGCCCCGAGAGAGUGCUGUAAAUAGUGAAUUAUUGUGUUGAAAGAAGUUUUGUGUGUGAUCAUAGUGUUAGAGUGCAUAAAUGAGCGGGGUUUAGUGAGUGUGGGCGUAUGAAAAGUUGGAAAAUUUUUCAUAGCAGAUUGUGACUGGCAAGAGUGCACAAUGGCGUGCUUAAAUACAUUGAAGUUGGAGAUAAAGACAUUAGAGCAAACAUUCACCAAGGCCCAUGAACGAUUCCAAAUCCUCAAUGCAAGUGUUGAUGAACUAACGUGCAGAUUUAUCGGGAAGAAUGGCAAGCGUUACGACAUCCAUGCCAAUAUUACAGAGACCUACCCUUCAACGCCGCCAGUUUGGUUUGCCGAAAGUGAGGAGACCAGCGUGACAAAUGCUGUUCAAAUACUUAGCAAUACACACGGAAGGGAUAAUCAUGUCAUUAAUCAGGUGGGAAUCCUGAUCAGGGAAUUGUGCCGACUUCACAACUGCCCCUUACCGCCAGACUUGGAUAACUUGGCGUUGCCACUUCAUCAUCCAGAUCCUCCCGCCGCAGUUCACUCACAAGCUCAGCCCAUCGACGAUAAUGAGUCAGAUGGUGAUGAUUUGGAUGAUGUUGUGGGUGAGAGUGAUCAAGAGAGCGAAGCUGAGGAGGAUUUGCCUUUAGAGAUGGAUGAUGGAAGAAGUACAAAUAAAGACGAGAUGGAGGUGGAGCAUUUAGCAACAUUAGAAAGACUGCGACAAAGUCAACGACAAGAUUAUCUGAAGCAGGGCUCAGUAUCUGGAUCUGUCCAAGCCACCGACCGCUUAAUGAAGGAGCUGCGUGACAUUUAUCGCUCAGAUUCGUUCAAAAACAACAUGUAUUCUAUAGAGCUCGUCAAUGACUCGAUAUACGAGUGGAAUAUACGGCUGAUGUCUGUUGAUCCAGAUAGUCCACUGCACAACGAUCUCGUCAUGCUCAAAGAGAAGGAGGGCAAAGAUAGCAUAUUGCUGAAUAUAAUGUUCAAGGAGACGUAUCCAUUUGAGCCGCCAUUUGUACGUGUUGUGCAUCCCAUUAUUUCGGGAGGAUAUGUCCUUGUUGGUGGAGCAAUUUGCAUGGAAUUGCUAACGAAGCAGGGAUGGAGCUCGGCGUACACAGUUGAGGCCGUAAUCAUGCAAAUUGCAGCGACACUAGUCAAGGGAAAGGCUCGAAUUCAGUUUGGACCAACGAAGGUUUUGUCGCAGAGCCAGUAUAGCUUAGCACGUGCCCAACAGAGUUUCAAGUCACUUGUACAAAUUCAUGAGAAGAACGGAUGGUUCACACCGCCAAAAGAGGACGGCUAAAGCACGGGCACGUGGUGUAUUUUGAUGUUGUGUCAGUUGAAGCGAGAGAAAUUCUUGGAAAUGUCGACAGACGUAUAUGAGGGAAAACACAAUUUAAAGAACAGAGGGAGCGAGAGAGAGAAAUUCAGAGCAUUAGGAGGCGAAAAUUUGUUUAAAUUAAAAUUUAUACUUGUGUAAUUAACUGCAGAAUACUUCAAUUUACAAUGAGAAGUUUCUUUUUUCAAUGAACCUAUGUAAAGACGUUAUCUCAAUCCUUUGUCUUUAGAUGUAUCUUAGUUAUGAUUUUUUCCAGACGAAUAAGAAUACAAGAAGAAAAUGUAAAUGUAAAAAAAUAAAUUUAGAUGCGAAAUAUUCCUUUUGAAUGAUUAAACGCAAGAAGAUGAUACAGAAAAAAGUGAAGAAUUUUCUUUGAUCACAACACUUACAACUGCAUACCAUUAGAGAAUAUCUGGAGUUUUCGAUUAAGAUGACGUAUAAUUGAUAAUGAUUUAUCUACUUGCUAUAUCUAUUAUAUCUUCUGAGAAAAAAGAAAUAUAGAGUAAUAGGUAUGUAAUUCAUUAUAUAUUUAUUAUCUUGAUUGACAUUGUCACAUAAACUGCUGUGAAGAAGUGUAUGAAGUUAUAGUAAUUGCAGUAAUGUAAUAGUGAAGAAGUGUGGAGAAGUUUUUCAGUUGUCAGAUGGAUAAAAAAGGAACAUAAUUUUGAAAUGUGAAAAAUUAGUUCUAUAGAAGGAAAUUUCAAAGUUUGCUUUCUUUUUUACGUAAAUAAAAAAGAUGAAAAGUAACUAAUGAUAAAUAGAGGAAAUAUAUAUUUUUGUGAAAAAUUGAAGUAAA